AUGAUAUUCUCCAUAAACUCUACAAGUUUAACUAUUAGUAAAUUCUAUCGAUACUCAUCAUUAUUUGUGGUAAGAAUCACAGUACGCAAUCGAGAAUACGACCAAGUAAAUCUGUUCCGUGAUCUAUUAAUCAGAAACCAAUGCCAGUCAAUUGGACGCACACCUACAAAAAGAUUCCAAAAAGGAAUAUCCUUUAAUCGAAUCUGGUGGUUUGAUUUAGGACAGAGAAAUAUUUCUACAAAGAUUGUUAUGCUUUAUUGUCGGUUUAGCCCUGAUCAUGAUGAUUUUGAUCGCCACUCCCUUGGCAGUGAAAAUAAAGGUACAGUUUCUAUGAUAGUCAGUAAUAUUAGUAUUAGUAUUAGUGUUGGUAUUAGAAAUCAAAUCAAAUAA